ACAUAUGGGGGAAACUGUCCAUAUAUGUAAGCACUGUGGGAAAUCUUUCAGCUGUAAAUCCUGCCUUACUACCUAUCACAGAACUCACAUAGGGGAAAGUCUCAUUGAGUGCAUUGAAUGUGGGAAAAGCAUCUACCAGAAGUCAGACAUCUCUAGAGACCAGAGAAUUGCCACAAUGGAAAAUCUUCAUGAAUGCAGUGAGUGUGGAAAAGCCUUGUAUCAGAAGUCAUACCUCAUUAAACACCAGAGAAUCCACACAGGAGAGAAACCUUAUGAAUGUAAGAUAUGUGGAAAAGCAUUUUGUCAGAAUUUACAACUUAGUACACAUCAGAAAAUUCACACAGGGGAGAAACCUUAUGAAUGCAAUCAAUGUGGAAAAGCCUUUUAUCGGAAGCCACAUCUCAUUAUGCAUCAGAGAACUCAAGGGGAGAAACCUUACAAAUGUAAUGAGUGUGGAAAAGCCUUUUCCCAGAGUUCAGUCCUCAAUAAACAUCAGAUAAUUCACACAGGGGAGAAACCUUAUAAGUGCAAUAUAUGUGGAAAAGCCUUUCGUUGGAAGUCAAGUAUCAUUAUACAUCAGAAAAUUCACACAAGGGAGAAAUCUCAUGAAUGCAAUAUUUGUGGAAAACCCUUUUGCCCCAGGACUGCCCUCAUUAGCUGUAAGAGAAAUCAUACAAAGGAGAAACCAUGAUUGUAACGAGUGUUGAAAAUCAUUUUACCACAGGUCUUCCCUCAUUAACUAUCAGAAUUCACACAAAAGAGAAACCUUAUGAAUGCAAUAUGUGUGGAAAAGCAUUUUGCCAGAAGUCUCAACUCAUUUUUCAUCAGAGCACGCACGCAGGGAAAAAAAAAUCUUAUAAAUGCAAAAAAUGUGGAGAAACAGUUUUCCAGAAUUCAAGGCUCAGUAGUCAUAAAAUUCACACAGAAGGAAACAUUUUAAAUUGACUAAAUAUAAAAAGGACAUAUUUUCCAGGAAUUACACACAGCAUACAUGACAGA